UUUUUUUUUUUUUUUACCUCUUGCCUUCCUCCCUCACUGCUACCCUCUCUCUGUCUCCCUCUUUUCCUCUUUCUCUAUUUAGGACGACUUUAACCUGGAGCGCCCAUGUAUUUAUUAAUAUCCUUGUUAUUUGCAAGUCCCUAGCUUUCCAGAGUUGUUUUUUGCGCGUGUGUGUUUUUGCAGUUUGUUUUUCUUAACCGCCCCCUUUCCAAUGAGAAGACGUAAAAGAUGGAGCUUCACAUUCUAGAGCACAGCUUGAAAGUGGCGAGUAUAGAGAAGGAAGGCAUCCAGAUUUGCACUCACGGAUUAAUCAAACUCGCCUUCCUGGCCUCGAAAACCAGGUGCAAGUUCUUCAGCCUGACGGAGACGCCGGAGGACUACACUAUCAUCGUGGACGAGGAGGGCUUUAAAGAGCUGCCCGAGUCGGAGCACAUCAGCGUGGCCGAGGCCACGUGGCUGGCGCUCAACGUGGUGUCGGGCAGCGGGAACGCUUCCAACUUGCAGCCCAUCGGCGUCACCAAGAUCGCCAAAUCUGUCAUCGCACCGUUGGCCGACCACAACAUCUCCGUUUUCAUGCUGUCCACGUAUCAGACUGACUUCAUCCUGGUCCGAGAACGGGACCUGCCCAUGGUCAUGCACACGCUGUCUUCGGAGUUCACGCUACUGCGGGUAGUCAAUGGAGAAACCAUUGCCGCCCACCACCUGGGUGUGGCGAACGGUUUCGUCAAACCUAAACUCGUCCCGCGUCCAAUCAUCCACCCGCUGUCAAGCCCCAGUAACAUGUUCUGCGUGACCAGUCUGGAUCCGGACACGCUUCCCUCCGUGGCUACCCUGCUCAUGGAUGUUAUGUUCUACUCUGGGGGGUCGAAAGAAUCGGGCGCAUGCAACGAGGACGCCAGCCACAUUCGGUUCUUUUCUUUCUCCCUCAUCGAAGGCUACAUUUCGCUGGUUAUGGACGAGCAGACGACGCAAAGGUUCCCAAAUAAUGUUCUGUUCACCAGCGCGUCGGGCGAGCUUUGGAAAAUGGUCCGAAUCGGCGGACAGCCUUUAGGAUUUGACGAAUGCGGCAUCGUGGCUCAAAUAUCGGAACCCUUGGCGACUGCCGACAUUCCAGCAUACUACAUUAGCACCUUCAAAUUUGACCACGCCCUGGUUCCUGAGGAAAACAUCCAGAGCGUGAUCGGAGCGCUGAGGACCGAGAGCAACCUGGUGUAGCAAGUAUUGAAGGAGGGGUGGGGGGGGUCCAAAAACUGCCAAGAGCUAAUUGGCGCACCACUGCAGAUCAGCUUGGAGGAAAGUGUGAAGGGGAUUUUGUGGCUCAGCCGUUUUUCCACCUAGCCCGCUUCUUUUUUCCCCCUUUUGAUGCCAGCUAAGGGUACGGUCACCCUGCUGGCCCCGCUCCCUGCUGACCCCACCCUCAUAGUUGUUGCCACUUCAACAACGCCCCCCGCCCCCCCUGCACCUACUGUGUCAGUUACAAAAUCCCCCCCCUCGUGGAAGGAUGAUGAAUGUACUCGCAAGAAUUAUUACAAGCUCCCCCCCCCCCCCCGCCCCUAUUUCUUGAUUUUGUUUUUUUUCCCACAAUUUGAGAAUAUUUUGGGAGGAUGUUUUUUUUUUUUGUCUUAAAUUCAAUAAUGAUCUUUUUCAUUUUUUUUCACCCAAAACAUUUUUGUUUUUUUUCAUUAUAUAUUUAUAUUUUUUUCUCUUUUUCUGUUAUGUUUUCUUGGGUUUUCUCAUAUAUAUUUUUUUUGCAACUUUAUUUUUGGGGGGUAUUUUUUGUUUUCUUUCUUCUUCUGGUCUGUUUUCCUUCUUACUUCAUUUACACCCCUACCCGUGCUUGUUUUCAUCAGUGCCAAACUCUUUUUCUUUUUUUAUUUGAAUGCCUCAAGUGAUGAUGCCUUUUGUUGUGCAAUCCAAGGCUGCGCUGCUUUCGUCGCCGUUACGUGAAGUUGUUAUUCCAUCUCUAAGGAUUUUUUUUUUUUUUUUUUGAAGCGCUCACUCUGCGAGCAACCGUCGCUUCCCUCCCACCAUUUGGAGGAUUUUGAUUGGAGUCCAUCUGCUAUGGACCGUGGAUAUGUAGCAUUGAUAGUUUGCUGAUUACUUGAUAACAAAAAACAAAAGUUUUUUUCCGCUUCUAACGUUACAAUCCAGAUUAUUAGCUGCCUAGUUCCUCAAAUAUUUGUUGUUGUUGUUUAGUUUUCCUCCAAUCAGACAAUGCUAACUUUGAACGUUAACGUUGGAUUCUUUUGUGCCGACUGAAUAUUUCGGACUCUGGCCUUUUCGGUUGGUAUUCCCGUCGUCGUAAUCACUGGUUAGCGCUCUCAGUUGCUUAUCUUAACCCCAAAAGUUUGAUUUGGCUUCCAACGUGAUUCUACUGUAUCUUGUUUGCUGUGGCACGAAAAUUGUUAGCCUGUACAAAAACUUCUCAGUUAAGUAGUAACGCUCAACAAUGAUAUAUUACAUGAGUUUGCGAAAUUUGUCAAAUGAUCUGGAAAAGCUCCUCAUUAGUAAAUUACGUUUAUGCAAUUUCUUUUGGGGAAAUUGAAAUUGGCCUUUAAAUACGAAGCUAGGACCAAGUGUAACCCAAAAAGUUAGGCUGGUUUGAGCUAGCAGCAAUAAUGACGUUCAACUCAAUGAGUAAUAAUUGGACAACUAGACUACGAUUUUUGGUUUGAAGCUCUAAAAACUAGCUUUGAAUGAAAUAAUCUGGAGAUUUUAGAUCUUACGAUUUAGCAAUUUUAAAAUGUUGCUUCAAAUGCUUCUACUAUAUUUUACAUUUUGGUGGUGUCGUCUAUUCACUUAACUCGCCCCCAAAUCAUAACUCUACUUCAACACCAUUUUUUGCCUCAUAUUUUGUUUUCGCCAGGAGUCCGGAGAAAGUGUUAGCAUUGGCAGCAAUGUUAUUGUUGCACCCAGCGUUUUUUUUUUUUUUUUUUCCCGUGUUGUAUUACUGAGCCACUUUUGUGACGAGAAUAAUGACGACGUAAUAAUAAGCUAACACGCGAAGGAGUCACCCUCCGUGUGCAUUUUCCGAUCUUCGCCUCCCCACCCAAACAUCCCAAUCGACUGCACUUUAAUGCAGGUUACCCCCCCCCCCCACAAAAAAACAAAAACAUGCCUGCUGUACUGGUGAGCAAGAACGGGAGAUGAAUAUUGGUCUUAAGCAUUUGCUGAUAUUAAAAAUGUAUUUUUUUUUUCUUGAUGUUAUUGUUGUUGUUAGUUUCUUCACCUUUCAGACCCGACUAGGUAAUAAAAGAUUUUUGUCAGUGUUAAAACUCAGAAAAAAUAUCUAAUGAUUUCCAUUUCAUUGUGAUUUUCCUUUGAUUUGGAGCUUUUUGUGCGCGUGUGGAAGAAAUAAAACCAGCUUGUUUCUUUUUUCUUUUUUUAAAAUUUGUGACUUGGUGUUAAUUUUAUUGUACUCACUACGAUCUGUUUCCUAUGUAUACGUAAAUCAUUAAACUGGUGACACUGCA